UUAGCGCGAGCCCACGAGAGGACCAGCGCGAGCGCACAUCUCCACCGAGUCUAUUAUGGAACCGCUGCACAUUUACUAACUUUGUAGUGCUAGAAAACUCCAUGAAGUACCAAGUUGUGUGAUUAUUAGACGCUAAUAGAAGUCAGAAGACAUGGCCAAGAUGAGGAUAAUGGUUUUAUGGCUGUGCGCUGUUCUGCUGAGCGUUCCAAGCGGAUUGUGUUUCUCUGUGUCGGUGCAGGACGGUACGUGUGAAGCCAACGGCUCUGUGUACUAUGUGGGUGAAUGGUACUUUCUGGACUCCGAGCACUGUACCCAGUGUGAGUGUACUACAGACGGAGCAGUGUGUGCCAGGACCGAGUGCACUACACUACCCGCUGCAUGCAUCCAUGUGAGCCAUUACCCGAGUGACUGCUGCCCACGCUGUGAGAGAGUGGGCUGUGAACACCGAGGUGAGGUCUACGAUAUCGGCCAGCAAUUCCAGCCAACAGAAUGUGAGCAGUGCUCCUGUGACAACGACGGCAUUGCCAGGUGCCUGGUAGCAGACUGUGCCCCCCCGCCAUGUGUGAACCCAGUCUUUCAGGCAGGAAAGUGUUGCCCAGACUGCAAAGAUGGUCCCAACUGCUACGCUGAUGACUCUAGGACACAGAUAAUCCCUGCUGGGGAGACCGUGUGGGUGAAUUCCUGCACCAAAUGCCGAUGCCAUGACGGGCAGGAUGCAGGCUAUUGGGAAGGCAAUCGUGUAGCCACUUGUACGCGACUCAGAAACUGCACGCUCAGCAACGAGCACAACUGACGCCCAACCUCUGGUCCUGGAGUGAUCCAGAGACAGCCUGUUUACUAAACAGAACUGCUGGGGAGGCUUGUGCUAGUGUAGCUAACUGUAGCUUUGUGAAGCUUUAGUAAGUAUAAACUGUAGUCUUAUGUAACGUGCCUAUUAUACAGGUGAAACGACAAGGCAGAAUGUAGCUUUAGCCUUGCAAGAGGUUUCCUUAUUAAACCCUAGUACGUGCUUUAUGGACGGUCCAGCAAAGUGCAAGGUCAUAGAGUAUCUGAAAGUGAAAGAUGUAAGAGCUAAUAAUUGGUAUUUAAAUUAAAAGUGGAGCAGAGACUGUUAGUGUGAAGAUCAAAUAGCCUCCAGGAAAGAAAGCCAGUGCUGUGUCUAAUACUCUUUUGUGCAAACAUACACUAUAUGAACAAAAGUACUGGGACACCCCGAACUAUAGUGACCUCAGCCUGACUGAACUGAGACUUUCUGGACCAACAUCAGUUCCCAAAUGCUCUUUUGACUGAAUGGGUACACAUUCACACAGACAUUAUAGCUGAAAAGACCACUUAGAGUUCAGUCUAUUUAGUAGCAUACCAAUCUCACGGUGAGAUGUCCAGAUACUUUUGACAAUAUAGUGUAUUUUAUUUUUCGAUCUGUGGCUGCUGUAUAAAGGGAAGACGAACUGCAUUAUUCUGCAUGACUUCUACCAGCAGUUUGUUCAUUUUGUGUUGCCAGUGUGACACAAAACAAAAGCUAGCAAUAGAAGCAUCAUUAUAUUCAAGCCUAUACCACUAAGAUACAACUUUAAAUAAACAGUGUUUGAUAAA